UCAGCAUACUGCUGCUGAACAAUAGCCUCAUUUAAUUGCAGAAAUGCACGCUCUCCAUUUCAUUCCGAGUAACCUGGAUGUUUAGGUUGACGAAACCAAGACAAAAAUCUGCUCUUUUUCACUACUUUGCCUUUUUGUCUGUGUAUUUCAUGAUAUUGAUACCCAAAGAAAAACAGGCUUAGGAGACCGGAAAAGUAGUUCUGUAGUUGCGCAGGUGAAAUAUAUUGCGGGGUGUUUAAAAAAUAAGGUUGUUUGAAUUGAUUAGAAAGUAAGAAGAUGAUGAAUGAGGAUCUGGGAUCAAAACGGGCAGAUGAAUUUCAAAUGGAAGAUGAAGAAAUUUUUGCAGAAAGGGUGUUUGAAAACAAGGAUGAUUUGGAAUCUGAUUGCUCCGUCCAUUCAAUGGCCUCGGAUGGCCAUUCUAAUGCCUCCGAUACUGGUGAAACAAGUUGGCCUCAAAGCUACAGGGAUUCGAUGGACAUGUACACAAGUAUCACAAAUACGUCCUUUGGUUUUCCAGGAGGGACUAGUGUGACGAGGCUUGCCAGUUCCAUGUCCCCACUAUACAAGAGAAAUUUGGCUUUUGAUCAUGAUGCUACGCCCACUAAACCCCUCAUUUCUGAUUUAGAAAAAGAUGUAGUCCCCGCAAGGUUAUCCCGGAGAAAAUUAUCUAUUAGUGGCUGUGACUUGCCUCAUCAGAAGGGGUGCUCAUUUGUUCAAGCAGUUCUUAAUGGAAUCAAUGUUUUAUGUGGUGUAGGAGUCCUAGCAGCUCCCUUUGCAGUCAAAGAAGGAGGGUGGUUAAGCCUCUCACUGGCCUUCUUUUUUGCUGUCAUUGCUUGUCAUACUGGGAUUUUAUUGAUGAAAUGUUUAGAAAGCUCUCCUAGACUUCAAACUUACCCAGACAUUGGACAGGCUGCUUUUGGAAAACCUGGUCGCCUAGUGAUAGCUAUUAUCUUGUACAUGGAAUUAUAUGCUGCUUGUGUGGAGUUUUUGAUUAUGAUGGGCGAUAACUUGUCGUCAUUGUUUCCAAACACCAACAUGUAUAUUGCGGGAAUUCAACUUAAUUCUAAUCAAAUCUUUGCCAUAACAUCAACCCUCAUUAUUCUUCCAACUGUUUGGCUUCGAGACCUUAGCUUACUCGCAUAUAUCUCAGUUGGAGGAGUUCUUACUACUAGUCUGGUGAUGCUUUGCCUGGUAUGGAUUGGGGUGGUAGACAAUGUGGGGUUUCAUGGCAGCGGAACCGUCUUAGACUUGGUAAAUCUACCUGUCUCACUGGGUAUAUUUGGUUUUUGCUAUGCGGGCCAUUCAGUUUUUCCAAACAUAUAUUCAUCAAUGAAAGAAACAUCACAAUUUCCUUGGGUUCUCAUAAUCAGCUUCUUUUUUGGGUGGGUUUUUAACACUGGGAUAGCAGUCUGUGGCUACCUGAUGUUUGGAGAUUCAGUCAAGUCUCAAUACACUUUGAACAUGCCCAAACAAUUUGUGGCUUCCAAAGUUGCUGUGUGGACAACAGUUGUGAUCCCAAUGUCAAAGUAUGCCUUGACACUUACACCAGUUGCAUUAAGUCUGGAGGAGCUGAUGCCUUCUGCUCAACAUCAAACUUACAUUGUAUCAAUAGUCAUCAGAACAGUUUUAGUGAUUUCAACUUUGGUUGUGGCACUCACAAUUCCAUUCUUUGGAACUGUGAUGUCACUUGGAGGAUCAUUUCUCGCAAUGCUGCUUACUAUUAUUUUGCCAUGUGUAUGUUACCUGAGCAUUCAUAGAGGUAGACUAUCUAAAAUGAAGAUUGCAGUUUGCUUUCUCUAUAUUACUGUUGGACUGCUAUGUGCAUGUUCUGGGACAUAUUCAGCCCUCUCAAGACUUGCCAAUCAAACCACUGAAUGAAGAAACUGAGCAUCUCUCUGCUGUAGCUCACUAUCUUGUGCGGUUGUGCUCAACAAGAAAUUUGGAGUAAAUUCCCAUUUAUGUUUAGAAACUAGAACUAACAAAUCAAUCAACUGAUACCAUAGAUAUCUUUUGAAGAGAACUUUUCUUUUUCCUUUUUGGAGUAGAUAGUGUUUAUGGGAUAUGGAUUAUGUGUGCUCAUGGAAGUCUCAAAAUAUGUGAUCUGCAAAUUUGUCAUUCACAAUUUUAGAACAGAUUAUGUAAUUUUCUCCAUUUUAACAAAA